GAAGAAAUCUGGUUAAACUUUACCCCGUUAUGGAGAGUUAGCGGAGGAGUGUGUUCAGGUGUGUGUAGCUGAGUGUAUUGGGGAUUGUAUAUGUGUGUGUCUCUGUGUGUGUGUGGACAGACUCCGCAGGUUCGUGUAGAAACAGCAGGAAUCCGCAGGGAUGUGUUGGUUGCUGUGGGUGCUCGGCGCCUUGCUGGCUCUCUUCUGCAGCCUGGAUGUGUGGUACUUCCUCCGAGGGGCGGCGGUGAUCGCCCGGGCCUGGUUCCAGCCUACGAUCUGGGACGUCACAGCUGAGCAGGUGGUGACAGGCCGGGUCACUUCCAAUGACAUUGACAUGUGCCACAUGAACAAUGCUCGCUACCUCCGCGAGUGCGACUUCGCCCGCUUCUCUCUCUACACACGCAACGGCGUGUUCAAGGCCGUGCGAGCCCUCAGAGCUUCGAUGGUGGUGGCGGCCACCACCAUCCGCUACCGAAGGGCUCUGUGUAUCGGUGAGGGCUACGAGCUGCGGAGUCAGAUCGUUACUUGGGACGACAAAGCCUUUUACCUGGAGCAGAGAUUUGUGUCAAAGAAAGACGGCCUGGUGUGUGCCGUCAUGUACUGCAAGCAGAGUGUGAUCCGCUGCAGCCCGGACCAGAUCAUGCAGCAUCUUUGCAAGAGGAAGGUGCAGUGCCCUGAGUUUCCAGAGGACCUUCAACACUGGGUCAACUUCAUCUCAGCCAGCAGCCAGGCCCUCAGGGCAGAGAGCGGACUGGAGGACAAGAACAAAUAAAGCUGUUAACAGUUUGGUGUUCUGUGGGGCAGCUUAUUAACAGGAUUCAAAGUCUUCCGAGAGAAAUAUUUGCUGCUGCUGGCUACUUGACUGUAACACACUUGUGCCUACUUCACUCUUAAUAUAGAGCUUGACAACACUAAAAGACACGAGUUACCUCUAAAGAGAAGUAACAUGAUUAUAUGUAUUCAUGUACCGUAUUAGCAUUAAAAGCCAUACAAGCAUUAAAACUAUUUAGAACUCCUACUGAUGCAUGUUUAUGACCUCACUAUACAUUUAGGUGCAGACUUCCUCACCCACUUUCAGUGAGAAACAAGACGGGGUUUAGAUUGAGGUUUUUUCUGUACAGCAAAAUAAACAGCAGUUGGUACAAAUCUGAAAUUGAUGCAAUACAACCGUUGUGAAUUUGUACAAAAUAAAGUUGUUGAGUAACAAUCAAAUCAAA